AUGGGAGUUGACGUGGUACGUCUCGUCUCCCUGUUUGCAGGACAAACAGCUCCUCCCGAAUCCCAAUCCCCAUUACCACCACCUUGGCGUGACCCUCCUCAUCUCCGCCGAGGAUCCCCGACUCACACAGACAACGAUACCUCGGACCAGGCUAUUUACGAUGGUCAACGUCUACACAAGCGCUUAACCUGCUGCUUUGACUCACAAGGUCCAGGAACUCCCAAACGCUCCGAUCCCGCUCGUCUGGAACUGAUCUACAGUGGCUCCACGACACAGAACAUCCCACUCCACCAGCAACCAUCAUCUUCUAACACCAUCACACCUGUUUGCGUUGCUUCCACAGUUGCACGCGUCGCUUAA